AGGCACAAGAACACGCACAAGAAACGGAGAUAGAUAGAUAUUCAAAAACCUCACCUCUACGCUCCCUUUCCUCUCCCCAAACCAAACCAAACCAAACCCUAAUUUGAGCACAAAAAAUGUCCACCACCACUGAUGAUUUCACAAGAGGCGUUGAAGACGGCCUCAGGCUGUCGAAACGCAUUUACUUCGGCAAAGAUCGAUCAGUAGCCCCACCUAAACCCCUCAUGUCCAUGGAGAAAGCCAGGAGAUCCUUGUACCCCGUCUCACCUAUGCUUUAUGCGGUUAUCUUUAAUCCAGGCAUCGUCGAUAACCCCGACGUCCCCAGCUACCAGCCUCACGUGCACGGCAGGUGCGAUCCCCCUGCCUUGAUUCCUCUUCAGAUGAACGGGAUUGACAUUGAUGUCGACUGUUGUUUAGAUACAGCUUUUGUUACACUCACUGGCUCUUGGCGUGUUCACUGUGUUAUGGGUAGUGCUACAUGUGAUUGUCGUCUCGCUAUUCCUAUGGGUUUAGAGGGUUCCAUUCUAGGUGUAGAGGUUGAAUUGAUUAGAAAGUCAUACAAGACGCAGCUAGUUGUGGUUGAUGAAAAGGGGGACACCGAAAACAAUGCCAAGCCUGAAGAUGGGGGCUUUCUCAAACCUCACAUCUUUACUUUGACCAUACCACAGGUUGAUGGUGGUUCAAAUAUUUCGGUCAAAGUAAGAUGGUCGCAGAAGUUAAUUUAUAAAGACGGCGAUUUCACGCUGGAUGUUCCUUUCAGUUUCCCUGAGUAUGUCACUCCAGCGGGAAAGAAACUUACCAAAAAGGAAAAGAUUCAACUCAGUGUUAAUGUCGGCUUGGGUACACAAGUUAUGUGUAAGGAACCAAGCCAUCCGUUGAAGGAGCAAAAACGGGCAGUAGGGAAAUUGGUUUUCUUGUAUGAAGCAGAAGUUCUUUCAUGGUCAAGUUCUGAUUUCGUGUUUACAUACUCUGUUCCUACAAGCAAUGCAUUUGGGGGUGUCUUUUUGCAGUCUCCAUCAUCACUCGCUAUUGACCAGAAAGAGAUGUUUUCGUUGUAUCUAUUUCCAGGGCCGGAUCUCAGUAAAAAGGUUAUUAAGAAGGAAGUGCUUUUUGUUGUUGAUAUAAGUGGAAGCAUGAAGGGUAGGACAAUAGAGGCUACAAAAAGUGCGGUUAUUGCAGCACUAUCAAAGCUUGAUCAAGAGGAUUCGUUUAGUAUAUUGGCAUUUAAUGACCAGACUUUCUUAUAUUCAUCAACUCUCGAAUUGGCAACCGAGGAAGCCCUUCAAAAAGCUACGGAUUGGAUGGGCAUGAAUUUUAUUCCUGGUGGUGGUACAAACAUGUCAAUUGCUCUUGAUCAGGCUGUAGAGAUGUUAUCGGGUACCAAGCGAUCAGUUCCAAUGAUUUUUUUUAUAACUGACGGUGCAGUUGAAAAUGAGAGACAAAUUUGUGAAGUUAUGAUGAAGCAACUAAAAAAUCAAGGAUCAGAACUGUGUCCACGCAUUUACACAUUUGGUAUAGGUUCGUUCUGCAAUCAUUACUUCUUGCGAAUGCUUGCAAUGAUUGGCAGAGGCUAUUUUGUGGCUGCUUCUGAUCCAGAUUCAAUCGUAUCUCGAAUGGAAGCUUUGUUUUCUAGAGCUUCUUCAACAGUUUUGCUGAACAUCGCAAUUGAUGGCUUAGAUGAUCUUGAUGCUCUUCAGGUUUAUCCUUCGGUUAUUUCAGAUCUUUGUUCGGAAGGGCCUCUGAUUGUGUUUGGGCAUUACAGGGGUGGUUUUUCGGACACCCUGAAAGUUAAAGGGCUUCUUGCGGAUAUGAGUAAUUUCACUAUUGACCUUAAGGUGCAACGGGCGAAGGAUAUACCUCUUGACAAGAUCCUGGCGAAGCAACAAAUUGAACAUUACACCUCACAAGCAUGGUUUUUACAAGAUAAAAAGCUCGAGGAGAAGGUAGCAAAAAUGAGCAUGCAGAGUGGUGUUGUUAGUGAGUAUACGCGCAUGGUUUUGUUGGAGACGGUACAAGUACAAGAAAAGCAAGCCUCAACAUCAUCGGGGACUAAAAAGGGAAAAAAAGAAAGUGUUGAAAUUAGGGAAAAGGUUGAAAUGAUAAAGGUGUUGCAGCGGGUGGGUAUGGGGUUUGGUAACUUGAUUGCGACUGUUGAAAACACUCCUCAAGGUUAUGAACCGAAACUACCGGAUCAAGCGGAAAUGUUGGUGAGAGCAGCUGGGAACUGUUGUGUUAAUCUAUGUGGCAAGUGCUGUUGCAUGUGCUGCAUUCAAGCCUGUUCAAGGAUCAACGACCAGUGUGCUAUUUUGGUGACCCAGAUUAUUACUGGGCUAGCGUUUUUUGGGUGCUUUGCGUGUUGUGAACUGUGCUGUGGUGGAGAUUGAUGACACUGACUGCAGUGCUUUAGUGUUUAUAUGUUAUCUGUAAACAGGAAAAUGUGAUAAGCAAGCUAAGAGUCUUGGAUCCAUCCAUAUGGAUGUUUUUGUCGUUUGUGAUAUCUGCUACAUGCGCACAAACAUGUAUAAUUUAUAAGUUGCUUUAGUGUUAAUAUGUAAACACAUAUAUACACGUGAACACACAGAGAUGUGUUUGAAAAUAUUAUCAACUAACAAGUAACAAGGUU